AUGUAGAAUCAGGAGGAGACAGAGAAGAGGGGACAUUAAUGAGGAGAGCGCGGCAGUGUUUGGGGGGACUCAAGCUAACAAUAAGGGGGGAGGCAGAGCCCAGGUCUGUAUUAUAGAGAGCAUUGGUGACAACAGACAGGUAGACUUCAGAAGAAGAGGAGAUAAAGAUUGACAGGUAACUGCUCCAAAGUCUCCGAGACAACUUUAGUGAGAAGACCGCACCUCAAACUGCCACCAUGUUGCCAACACUCUCGAGAUUCGAGCCCCAACAAGGAGGAUUCAGCUUUGAGAACUGUCUCAGAAAUAAGAACUUAGAGGCUCAAUGUUCAAGUCUUGGCAUGGCACCCCCAAAAGCGCGCAAGACAGGGACCACCAUCGCAGGGCUUGUCUUUGCGGAUGGCAUCAUUCUGGGAGCGGACAGGAGGGCCACUGACGACAUGGUCGUGGCGGAUAAGAACUGUGCCAAGAUCCAUUACAUCACUGACAAUAUAUAUUGUUGUGGGGCUGGAGUGGCUGCUGAUGCCGAAUACCUGACUCAGCUUCUGUCCUCCAACAUGCACCUCCAUGAGCUCUCCACCGGGCGUCAGGCGCGAGUGUGCACGGCUAACAGGAUGCUGAAGCAGAUGCUGUACAGACAUCAAGGCCACAUCGGAGCAUCGAUCAUCACUGGAGGGGUGGAUGUGCAGGGCCCCCACCUGUACAGCGUCCACCCACAUGGAUCCACAGACAAAACUCCGUUCAAUGCUCUAGGAUCCGGUCAAGCUGCUGCAAUCGCUGUCCUAGAAGAUCAAUUUAAACCCAACAUGAAGCUGGAAGAGGCAAAGAAGCUGGUCACGGAUGCCAUAACGGCCGGCAUUAUUUGCGACCUUGGAUCUGGAAGCGGGGUGGAUCUGUGCGUCAUUACACGAGGAGGAGCACAAGUUCUGAGGGGAUACACUGAUACAGAGACCAAAGGAAAGAGGUUGCGGUCAUAUCGCUAUCCUCGGGGAACCACACCUGUGCUGAAAGAAACCAUAAUUCAGUACGAGCUGGUGGAGGAGACCGUUCAAGUCAUGGAUACUGAAUAAGCCAAAUAAAGAAGGAUCAUUUCUAAACAUAAUCCCGAUUUUUAGCAAAUUCCAGCAGCCAAUAAAACAUUAAAGCUC